AACAGCCCGGGUUCACCGAUUGCCCCUUGCGCGCCUCCCAGGGAGAGGCGGAAGUUCACUUUGCAAGAAGCCAGCUUCUGUGCUCACUUCCCGGGAGAGCUCCAGUCGCACCAGAACCCCGAGCCCGGAAGCCUCGCGCCGCCGCUCGCCAUGAGUGUCCCGGUGCGACCGGGCCCAAGCAGCUGGAGGCGGGCAGCCACCUUAGUGCUGGCGGCGGGCUGGACGCGCCCGGUCCCCGACGCCCCAUCGAGGCCCCAGCCACCCGCCGAGGGAUUCCGGGUGCUGCUGCUGCAGCGCUCGGCGAGCCAAGGCUUCUUGCCCGGGGCGCACGUCUUCCCGGGCGGGGUAUUGGAGGCGGCAGACCGCUCGACCGAUUGGCUGCGCCUCUUCGCGCCGCACCACGGGCCGCCCCGCUUUGGCCUGGGCCCCGCGCCGCCCCAGCGCGCCGCCUUCCCGGUGCUGCCCAACAUCCAGCCGGGAGCCGUGGACGAGGACGCGGCGGCGCUGCCCGAUGACAUCGCCUUCCGCAUCUGCGCCAUCCGCGAGGCAUUCGAGGAGGCGGGCGUGCUGCUGCUGCGGCCCAGGAGCCCGCGGCCCCCUGAUCAGGCGCCGGGCUGCGCCCUCGCGCCGCCGCCCGCCCUGGCCGACUGGCGCACCCGCGUCCGCCGGGACCCGCGGUGCUUCCUGCAUCUGUGCUCGCAGCUCGACUGCACUCCCGACAUCUGGGCGCUGCGUGACUGGAGCGGCUGGAUCACGCCCUUCUCACGCCCGGGCGGCCGCCGUUUCGAAACCACCUUCUUCCUGUGCUGCCUGAGCGAACCGCCGCCGGUCUUCCCCGACUUGGUGGAGGUGGUGGGCUGCCAGUGGUCAUCUCCAUCAGAGGCAAUUGAAAGCCUCAUAUCAAAGGAAAUUUUGCUUGCACCCCCACAGUUCUACGAAAUACGUAGACUAGGAAACUUUGCCUCUCUGUCUGACUUGCACAAAUUUUCUUUGGAUCGUGAAUCAGAAGGAACGGAAAGAUGGAUGCCAAUCAUAUUGUUAACUGCUGAUGGGAAGAUCCAUCUUUUACCAGGAGAUGAGAUGUACUUAGAAGAUUCAAACUUUUUAGAAAACUGUAUGUCCACUGAAAAAAGGAAUGAAGAAAUCAUGAACGAAGGCAAGAAAUUUCACCGAAUAGUGUUGUAUAAUUCCCACAGUUAUGGAGAUUAUACAGGUUAUAGCAUCCAUGUGACAGUUCUGCCAAAGUAUAAACACGUUUAUCCUAAGAGCUUUGUAGUGGGCAAGAGCCGUCUGUAGAGAGCAGCUGCUUUAUAAGCUGGCCCACUUGUAGUUGUUCUAGAGAGAAAUGAGGGUUGACUAGAUGUGCCUGGAACUUAAAGAACUUUGUUCCUGUAAGUUCUAGGAGCAGUCUCUCCUAUCUCAAGUGUAUUGUGUAGCUCUGUUAUUUUAUCCUUUAAACCUUAUAGUAUCCCACCAGUAUAAGGUAUUAAUGUUUUGUUACCAAAAAGAGAAAAAAAAUUUCACAGAGAUUUCCACUUCUGUGUUGUUCUGUUAUCAAAAGUUUAAAUAAGAUGUUCUACUGUAUUGUCUUCGAACUGUAUUAGCAUACUACUUUAUAUGCUAGGCGUUUGAUCCAUUAAUUCCUUAGACUUUCUGCUGGAAUUAAUUUAAGGGUGAUACAUGGUGAACAGAAGACUGAGGUGAUCUUCAAGUGACAGUGUCAUUAUUUUCUUAUGACUUUAGCUUGAUGAUUAAGAUGUAAUUCCAUUAAAACUAAAUGGUAUAAGUUAUUAGUUUACCAAAUUGGAAAUUACUUUAGUGAUUGUUGUAAAGAAAUAUGAAGCCAUAACAGAAGUCAUAAUUUUUAUUUUGGAGUGCUACUUGACAGAAUACAAAGAGGUUACUAGAGAGAUGUAGAACUAUUCAUUUAAUCGUGCUUAUUAAUGGUAUUUAUUAUCAGUGUUUUUAAUAUGGGUAAUUUUUUUACCUCCUCUUAAGAGGAAUAAUCUUUAUUGCUUAAAGAUGGGAAAUGGUUAAGAAGGAACCAGUUAUAUUUCAGAUCUUUGACUAUAUUAUGCAUUGUAUCAAUACAUUGAAUUUCAUUUUUCAUAAAAAGUAUUGAUAAAUGAAGACUUUCCUGUAGCUCAAAUGCAUCGCAUCUACAUGUGAUGCAGGAGACCAGGGUUCGAUCCCUGGGUUGGAAAGUUCCUCUGGAGAAGGGAAUGGCAAUCCACUCCAGUAUCCUUACCUGGAGAAUUUCAUGGACAGAGAAGCCUGGGGGGCUACAGUCCGUGGGGUCGUAGAAUCGCAAAGAAUCAGACACAACUGAGCAACUAACACACACACACAUGCACACACACACACACACAGAGGAAAACAGCUAGAUCAGUGGUUCUCAGCCCUGGGCACUGUUGCCCUUUAGGGGCAUCUGGCAGUGUCUGGGAGCAUUUUGGGUUGUCACAACUGAGAGUGAGAUGCUCCUACCAUCUAGUGGAGAGAGACCAGGGAUACAGUUUAAUAUCCUGGAAUGCACAGGACAGCCACCCACAGUGAAGAAUUAUCUGGUCCCAGUUGAGAAACGCUGAUCUAGAGUAAAAUCUAUUGUCUUCAGUAAAUGAUUCCAACAUGUAAACUUUGAGAGCAACAAAUAGGGUUUGCAUUCCAUCUGGCUUCUAAGUCUAUAGGAGUUCUCCUUACCGAUGUUUAGCCUUGGGCAUCCUAUUCUUUCAUUUUUAUAGAAAACAGAAUGUUACGGCUGGGAGAGACCUCAGUGAAUACAGGAUUUUGCUGACGAGAAAACUGAGACAGAUUCCCACAGCUAGUUAGUGCCGCAGCCAAGAGUAGAACCGGCUUCUUUUUCUAGCAGGUGGUAUCUGUUGCCUGUCAGUAGAGGCCUGAUCCUGUCUGCCCACCACACCUUGGUAUUAUGGUCACCAGGGAGACCACAACACUGCCAAGUAUUGGAUGGAACAAUGCUUUACUCAUUUACUCAAAGCAGCAAGGCCAGCUUCUGAACGACUUCUAUAAGAAUCUAAAACUGGGCUGGUGUCAGUCUUGCAGGCUCACAUGUCCUUAUCCUCACAGUUCUUUGUCAACAUAAAACAAGAGGGCCUGUAAUGUGGGAGAUAAAAUAAGGACUUGAAUGUAAGGGGACUUAUCUCCUGGAGGAUAAUUUGUCGGAGGAGCCCACAUACAUGGGCAUAUGCAGGUCACAUCCUUUUAAAAGGAAAUUGCUUGCCUUCCACUUUCUCUUUUCCCUUCUCACUGGCUGGAAAUGGUGGCAACUGGAGCAGCUACUCCGGACCCCGAGACAGAAGCCAGAUGUGAAAGCACAACUGCCUGCUACUUGGAUUGCUCACCUCUUGCUUGUUAUGUGAAGAAAAAUACACUUCUAUUUCAUAUAAGCCACUGUAUUUUAGGAUCUCUUUGUUAAAACAGUUUAGUUUGUUCCCUAAUCUAUACUUUUGCCUCCUUAGCAGGUUCCCUUGGCAUAGCCUUCCCUAUGUUGGAAGUCUAACAAUUAUUGAAGCUAAAAAUCUUAGUCAUUUGUGAUUCCACCUUUCCCUUCAUUCCUAUAUCCAGGUGACUAUCAAGUCCUAUUGAUCUAUUAUACACAAUUAUCUUGAAAUUCCCAUUUCCCACCUCUGUAUUGCUAUCACAUUGGUUUGAGCCACAGUUGACUCUCACUUAACCAACUGUAACAGCUUCAGAGCCAGUUUCCAUUUUCUUUCUUCCCCUCAAUGCAUUCCUCUUGGAAAAGUGAACUUGAUAUUGAAAUGAUGUCACUGCCCUCAUUAAAGUCCUUCCAUGGCAUUUCUUCACAC